AUGCAGAUCUCCGCACUCCUCUCCGUCGUCGCCUUCUCGGCCGCCGCCCUCGCCCAGCCGCUCUCCAUGGCCGCCAACGCCGCGCAGUGGACCAUCACCGGUCUGUCGCGCACCUGCGACGCCGCCGACAAGUCGUGCGACUGGACCUUCGGCAUCAACAACGGCGCCGCCGCCACCGCCGUCAAGUACACCGUCAAAGCCGCCGGCUCCACCCCCGCUAGCCGAUCCAACGGCGGCCCCGUCACCGUCGGCGAUUUCACCAUCACCAGCGGCUGGAGCGGCCAGUUCGGCGACGACAAGGGCUUUACUACCUUCUCUGUCGUCGACAAUGCUAAGCGCCAGAUCGUCUAUCCUUCCUACACCGACGCCCAGGUCAAGACCGGCCAAGUCGUCAAGCCUGACCAGAGCUACCCCGUCCAGAACCUCCCUUAA